AUGGAGGACGGUCCAGAGGUGCUGCUUGUGAAGGAGGAGGGGUGUGAGGUAGGUCUGGGGAACUCCGAGGGGACCAUGGUAAUGGAGGACUACCAGACUACAACUCCUGAACCAGCUGAGCAGCACAGGACCACACCCGGUCUUACUGAGUCUGCAGAUACAGAGGCUGCAGGUCCUGGGGUGAAGCAAGAGAGGUCUGAAAGAGAGGAGGACCUACAGCACAGCAGAAACAUCCAGACUGGAGCGGCUGGAGCGUCCUCUGUAGCCACGAAGGACCCCACCACGGCCCCAGCGCAGACCAGUGCCGGCUCAGAGUAUUUACCGUUAUUUCAUCAGAGCCAGGGGACUGUUCAUUCCUGUGGAGAUGGUGAUGCAUUAGUCACUGGUGGUGAUGAUCCGUCAUGUUAUUACACUACAGAGAUGGACCCUGGCAACAUAUCCUUGGGUUUAGAGACACAGACUGAUCUGUCUAGAGGGGACUGGAACCAGUACAGUAGUAGUGUGUACUCUGAAGGGUGCCUAGAUAAGAAAGGGGAGGUUAUAGUGGUAGAUGAGGUGACUGUGAAAGUGGAGGGUGAUGCUCCUCCAACAUGGAAUGCAGAUAGCCACCUAGGAGACGGACACUCACAGGGCAGAGAUUUCUUAGAUUACAGGGAAAGCUUAGAGACUAAUCCAAAUGUUGGGACACACUCCCCUUUACACAUUCUCAGGGAUCGCGACCCAGUGUCCACGUCGAUGGGGCCUUCUGAUUCACAUGGCCAUGUACUUUUCAAUCCGGUAUUGAGCGCAAACGACAGGGCUAGAGCUCAGGGAGGGGGAGCCACAUCAGGCAAUAGUAAAGAGAAACGGUUCCUCUGCAUGUUCUGUAACAAAGGCUUCAGCUGCCCCCAGAAGGUGGAGAUCCACCAGAGGGUCCACACAGGGGAGAAACCCUUCAGUUGUACACAAUGUCACAUGCGCUUUGCUGAGGCUGGCAGCCUGAAGAGGCACCAGAGGGUCCACACAGGGGAGAAACCCUACAGCUGCCCCCAGUGUGAGAAGAGGUUCUCCCACCAGCACCAUCUGAAGAGGCACUUGAAGGUCCACACAGAAUAGAGGUCGUUCGCCUGUAAGCACUGUCGGAAGAGGUUCUCGGAGAGGAGUUACCUCAGGAUACAUCAGCAGAAAAAACAUCCCACUCAAAAACAUAGAAAGUAACAAUUCCAGUUAAUGGCUUCUGAUGUUUAGAUCAAACUCUGCCCUAAAGAUAGACUCAGCGAGAUGACGUAGAUCAAUUUCCACACCAACAAGGCCAAGACAUUUUGGGAUAUAUAGGUCUUAAUUUAGCCUACACAGUACAAAGGCUAUGUACAAAUGCCUAUUUCAUUACUUCCAUUCAACUAUUUUAAAAAUCUUUUUAAAUAAACACUUAUUUUUA